AGCUUGGCAGACCUUCAUAGCCCAACCUGUGCACUGAAGCGCAAUGAACAAUGCGGAUAGUUUGGAUCCUGCGCUGAUGUCUGAGCUUGGCGUCGAGGAUCCGGAGCUUGCGGCUGCUAUUGAAGCAAGUUACAAAUCUCAUGUGCCUGCUCGUGCUGCCGGCGCAAAUCAGGGCUUCCCGCAUGACGAAGGUCAUGCCGAGGACACUGAGCUUGCUGCGGCAAUUGAAGCGAGUUACAAGUCCAGCGCAGCGCCACGCGGCGCUGACGCACACCAGGCGUUCGACCAAAUGCUGGCCAGAGCCCUGGAGGAGUCGAUGAAGGAGCCGCAGCGACAAGCGAAUGCCGAGACCAGAGGCCAAAUUCCAGCCUUCUUGCCAGGAGGCUCAAGCAGCAGCAGUAUGCCUGCUGCAGCCCCAAGUGCUACGAAUGGACUUGACUUUCUCAGGACGACUGCAAACACCAGACUGGCUCCAGCCCAUGCGCGUGACGAGGUCGGCUCUGAUGUUGCGGAGCGCGGGAGCUCCAGAGGUGGAUCGCCCCACCUAGGCCCCGAGGCGGAGGGAGAGGUGAUGGACCCCCAGCUUGCGGCCGUCAUUGAGGCCAGCUAUGCUGCCCAGACGGAGACCGCCCGACUCGAAAACGAGGAGGAGAUGAUACGGCAGGCCAUGGAGAUUUCCCGGAAAGAAGAGGAGCGGCGCCAGAACCAGCAACUGCGGGAGCAGCAGGAGGCGGAGCUCCAGGACGAAAGUAUCCUUAUGGACCAGAUGAGGGAGCAAGAAGAGAAGCGAAGGCGUUUGGAGGAGGAGGAGCAGCAGAGGGCUUCAGAGGCCGCAAAGGAAGCAGAGCUUCAACGGCAGCAGCAGGAGGAGCGGCAGCGGCUAGAAGCCCAGCAGCUCCGUGCGGAGAACCUGCCGCCGGAGCCCCCCGCGGAUGCGCCCGACAAGGUGGACCUGCAGAUCCGCACUCCCGACGGGCGCCGAGUCAGGCGUCGAUUUGUGGUCUCAAACACCGUUGGGCAGGUGUACGACUACCUGCACCUGGAGGGCCAUUUGGGGGAUGAGGCCUUUCAGCUGGUGUCCACCAUGCCACGGAAGGAGUACCAGGACCGAAAGCAGACUCUGUCUGAUGCCGGGCUGCAAGGUCAGUGCGCCUUGAUGCUAGAGCGGCUGCAGUGAGGGCGAAAAGCGCUCCUCGGUCGCGACUUCGGGGCAUCGUUCUUCCUUUUUUGGGUUCUUGAACACCUGGGGCCUCGCCCCAAAUGUCAUGAAACUAAGCAAUUCGCCAGGGUCGCUCCGGCUCGACCACUUUGAAAUACGAGCUGCAAAGACAACCCAAGGCUUCCGAGAGUCGGAUGUCCUUGGGUUGGCAGCUGUGCUUCGGAGAUGAAUCCAAGAAUUCGUAAGGUACUGGUGCAGAACACCACUUCCUUGAAUGGCCAGCUCGCCCUGCAGUUGUGCUGUAAACAUGCUAUUUGGC